ACUUACAUAUAUCAGGGAAAGAAGAAAUUAGCUGAAGGUAGUUUAAACCAUCAUGUGGUUCCUUGGGUUUUCCACAAGGUGGAGGCACCUAUGGAUUAUGGGUGCAAUUCUGCUAGUCAUCCUUGUCACAAUGAUCUUAAAGAAGUUUGCCCUCUACCUUGAGGCACAGGCAAGCAAAUGUGCAGAUCAGGAAAGGUCGCACAGGGAAGGAAAAAACAAUCAUGAUCAUCAGCAACCUUCAAGAAAGAGCUGCAGUUUGUGCUGCAAUAUUGGUGUCGUAACCAGGACUUACGCACUUGAAGAGCUGAAAAUGGCGACUAGUGAUUUUAGGAUCAGGAUUGGGGUUGGAGCCACUUCUUUUGUGUAUCUUGCUGAGCUUGGUGAUGGAAAAUUCGGAGCUGUCAAGCGUGUGAUGGAGCAGAGAGGUGGCAGCAAGAAGAUCUUCUUGGACGAGGUUUCUGUCUUGCUUAGGAUUUCUCAUCCAAAUUUGGUGGGAUUGCUGGGUUUCUGCUUGGAAAAAGGAGAACAACUUCUACUGCUGGAAUACGUGCCAAACAAGAGUCUCUUUGACAGGAUGCACACAUACCAUGGCCAAUCCUCAGGGAUACUGUCAUGGUCAAACAGGUUGAGCAUUGCCCUCGACAUUGCUCGAGCCCUGGACUACCUCCAUUCUCAAGCUGAUCCACCCAUAAUCCACAGAGAUGUCAAGUCCUCUAACAUUCUUCUAAUUGACAAUAACCGUGCCAAGCUUGCAGAUUUCGGGCUUUGCAAGCUGGGCUAUGACAAGCCAGGCUCUCAAAACCCAACCAACGUCAAAGGUUCAUUUGGUUAUGUUGACACCAAUUACCUCAAAACAGGCCUGGUAUCACCGAAGAGUGAUGUCUAUAGCUUUGGGGUCCUGCUGCUAGAACUGAUAACGGGUUUGAAAUCAACACAAGGCUCUGUCACAUUGGCAGAAUGGACGGAAGAAUGCAGGAAACAUCAUGACGUUGAGGUUCUGGCUAAAAUGUUGGACCCAAAACUCAACGGAGAUGCAAAUUUAGAGCAACUGAAGGUCUUGAUUGAUUUAGCUAAUGCAGCACUGCUUGAAAAUUCAGAAGGGAGGCCAGUUAUGAGCCAGAUAGUUGAUAGGAUUUCGAGUUGUAUGGAACCACAACCUCAUCCUCCUUUGCCGGUAUAAAUCUGUUAAUACAUGUACAUAACAUGCUUUAUAAUCUUUUGUCUUUUCCCCUAGCUACAUCACACAU